AUGGAGAGUCCUCACGAGCACCAGCAGAACCUCCUGCUGUCCCGCAUCAUCACCAACGUGGAGAAACUCAACGAGGCUGUCGUCGUCAUGAACAAGGGCCUUCAAGAAAUCAACAUCCAAAACAUGAACGUCGAGCUCGUGGCGCAAAUGUUCAAAAACUACCAGUCAAACGUCCUCUUUCACCUCGAAGCAACGGACAAUCUCAAGCCCCCGUCUUAG